AUGCACUCUUCAUUCUCACACAGACACCCAGCAUGUGAGCUGUCUGUUCACACCGUCUGUGCAGCAGUUCAGGCUGUCAGCGCCCUCCAGCGGUGGGGAGAGGUGCUGCAGCCAGAGGAGGAAUUACGUCUGGAUGUGUCAGAGGGAGUCAGGGCGAGUCUUGAAUGCAGACAUCGUCGAGUAUGGAAUCAGGAUGCGCAUCAACAUGAACAGAAACCUUUACAUUUCUUUACCAAAUGGUAAGAUAUCGUUAUGUUUCGUUAGUGUUUCUCGUUUUAAAUGUCAUCAUAUUAGUUGUUUAAGGGCGUGUGUUCAGAUGCUAUCUCUCUAUGAGAGCUGCAUCUCGUAGCUGGUCCAGGAUAAGACAUGUUUACGGCCACAAGCGAGGACUCAGAUUUGGAUUUGUGUGUUUUGUUUUAGUACAUUGCUACAUUUCAUUGUGUUGAACGAGGUGUACAUCUUGCAGCAUCAUGCAGCAGCAGCAUCAGUGAAUGAGCAUCAGCAGAUAACCUCUCAUGACGCAAUAUUUGUUAUUGUCCCUGUCACAGUGGGAAAAAUGUAUCCACGCUGAAGUGGAAUUACAGUAGAUUCAUUAUAGGAUGUCUAUGUUCAUCUUUGGCCUUGUUUGGGUUUUUGUCCAUGAUUUCAGUGUGGUAGGCAGACCGGUACCACCCUGUUUGAUGCAGGUUUUAUUAAGACAUGGGAGCUGUUGGUUCAGGGUUAUGGAGAAUAAUGUUACAUUUUUGUUUUUUUCAUGCAAAACCGGAUGUAGUGCUCAUGAAGCAACGUGUCACGCCAUGCUAAAUCCACGCAGAUGCUCCAUCAGAGCGUAAAGGAUUGGAUUUGAUCUGUUGAAUCAUGGUUUUCAUUCUUUUUAUAGUAAUAAUAGUGGUGACUUUAACUCGCUGUGGUCUUCUUUGGUUCAUCCAAAGCUGUUUUAUCUUUUAGGUCUGUGUGUAGGCUACUGGAGGGUUUGUUAAGAUGAGGAUUUGAUAAGGAAUAAGCUCAAGAAGACUUUAAACAAGUCCACACAUCUGUGUGUGAUCCCGUGGUAUCAUUGUUUGUUAGGAUGCUAUACAAUAGGAUAUCAUAAAAUACAGUACAGGGAGGGGAAAGAGGAUUAGGUACAGGACAAGUAGGUUUAAUAUGAUACCAUUUGGUGAGUAAUAUGGGGGGGGGGGGGGGGGACAGGAUAAAACAGGAUAAUAUGGUAUAGAAUGACACAAUUCAAUGCAGUACACUAAGGUAGGAUAUGAUACACGAUAUGGUACAGAAUGACAUGAUAUGAGACAAUAUAUCACAGGAUUGGAUACAAUGCAAUACAAGACUAAUAUGUAGUAUUUAUGAUUGACCAAUAUGAUGCCAUCAUGUCAUUGUCCAGCAAUGGUAUUAGAAGAUUCUGUUUAUUACAGUACAGAAUGACGCAAUUCAAUGUCACAAUUUAGAAGCAUAUUAUAUGAGACAACAGAUGAUUGAAUUUCCCUUCAAGGAUUAAUAAAGUUCUUCUUAUUCUUAUUCUUAAUUCAAUGCAGUACAGUAUAGUAGGAUAUGAACAAUAUUGUACAGAAUGACAUGAGAGAAUGUGAUAUGACACAUUACAAUACGACAUGAUAUCAAUACAAAAGGAAACAAUAUGAUACAAAACAUUAUCAUACCAUUUAAUAUGCAUCUAACCAUGUGGUGUGAUAACAUAUGUUAUGAUAUAUCACCCAAUACAAUAUAAUACUAUUAGGUACUGUUUGGGGUUGACCAAUAUCAUUCUAUCCAGUAUGUUAUGACAAAAUACAGUAUUGUGUUUUACAAAAUGACACGAUACAUGGCAAUACAGUAUGGUGGGACAUAUAUAGUAGUUUUAUAUAUGAUGAGAGACAAUACAAUGGCAUGUAGUAUUACUAGAAACAUUAUUAUUAUUAUAGGAUUUAAUUUGUUAGAUAAAUGUAGAUGUAAUUCAAACACUAUGGUACAUCAAAGUUUAUUGUUCCAUGGGGAAAUUUCCUCAGACUUGUUUGCACCACCCAUUUGCUGCCUCAGAAGUACAGAUCAGUAAGCAAGAGUUUAACAUCCUCAUCAUUUUUAAGGAUCUCUUUCAUAUGGUUUGUUUACUGCUGUCUGGGUGACAGGAGCUUUAUUGUGCUCUCAGUUUAUGCUUGAGUAUAUGUGGCCAGUUUUCUUCUCACCAGAAUAAGCUUCUUUGCAUGCACUUCUCCUCUUUGAUCAAUCCAAUUAGAAAACCGUCACUUUGGAGGGAGCCAGCCGUCCAUGUGUCUAUGGUUACUGCAUCAAGUUGAUGAUUGUAGAUCAGACUCAAGGGACGGCAGAUCUGAACAGCUCAGCUCUAGGCUGAAUCAGGAUCAAUACCCUGAAAUUGAGAGGAUCAGCCGGGUUAUAAGGGGACACAGGAAAGAAGGGGAGAUUGUUGGAGUAACAAAAAAAAGAGGGGGAGGCUUGAUGACAAAGCAGAAAAAGAGAGAUACUAGAUGGAUGUGAAAGAUUUAAAGCAGUGAGGAGGAGGUGAUUUGAGGAAAAAGUAGAUGUGGGAGAAAAGCUCUGCAGUGCAGCCGGUAGUGACAGCAUCUGCAGGGGGCCAGCUGUGUGCCGGCAGCCAGCUGGACUAACUGGGUCAUUUUUACCCCAGACCUCCCCCAGAGGACUAUCUUCCAUGAAGACCACCUGAAUCCUCACUGUCCUCUCACAAACACUUUCUCUUUCCUCCUAGCUGCAUCUAUACCAUCCAUCUCCUCCUCUUCAAUCCAUAAAUCUGCUGAAAUAAAUAUCCCUCUGCAUGACUGUUUAUGGCCUGAUGGGGGUCACAGGUCACCAAAAGAGCAGCAGCUGAGACUCAAUGUUAAUGGCACCUUGUCAAUGAUUAUGACUUGAGAUUGAUAACAGCCAGACAUUCUUCACAUGAUAAUCAUUAAUGAAUAAACUCAACAGUUAAUAGAUCUAUUAAUGGAAAGAAAAUUAAUUCAGCAACAAUUAUAGAAUCUGGUUGAACACUCCAGUCGUCUUUCAAGAAAGAAUAACAGGAAAAGCUGGUGUCUGUUGGACUGUCAGACUAAAACAAAGUCUUAAAAGAGAUCUUCUGUAUCUGGCUAUUAAGAUUUUCUUCAUGAAAAAUCUGAUUUUGUAUUUAUUAAUCAAAAACCAUCUUCAUGACCAGUUUAUUCUCUUUUAAGCAGGAAUAACAUUCACUCUCUGGUUACAGGUGCUCAAAUAGUUUGAAAUCGCCCUUUUAUAUCAUAACAUAUACAGUACAUUAUAUUUUAGGUUCUAGACUGGAAAAGAUGUGUGUCUGUGAAAUUAUGAGAGCUAUUUUCUUGCCUUUCUAAGACCAGCAAUAAUCGCUUUUUUACUGAUAGUGAAAAUAAGCUUCAGAUCUUGAUGUACAACUCCAAUUCAAAAAAGUAAGGAUACUUUAGAUAAAAACAGAAUUUGAUUGUUUGCAAAACAUUUAUACAUGAUUUUAAUCGGAAAUAAAUAAACGACAAUACAUGAAAUAUUGAUACUGUUAUUGCUAUCAAUGUGUUUUUAUUGUUUUGUGAUAAAAGAUAUACUGUAUAUAAAUACAGUAUGCUCAUUUUAUAUUCAAUGCCAGCAAUGUGUUCCAGAGUAGUUGGGACAGGGACAACAAAACACUGACAAAGCUGAGUUAAGCUACAAAAUGCCCUGUGAUGUUAUGCAGAUAUGUAGGGGCCCAGAUGAUGGCAAGUUUAUACCCCUGGGAAGGCACCAUGAAUGCUAAACAGGUUUUGGAGUCACAUAUAUGUCAUUGUCUUUUCAAGGAAGACCUUGCAUGGUACAGUAAGAAGAUGCUGAGUUUCAUUUUGCACAGCAUGGCUCCACUGUAGAAGACCUUAAGUGCUAAACAGACAUUUACAGUCCUAGCUUGUCACCUUAACAUUUGGCGCAUCAUGACAAAGGAGACCCCUCACUGUUCAGCCACAGAAAUCCUAUAUCAGGCAUGAACGGGACAAUAUAUCAUUCUCAAGACCAAUCAAAAUCAAAGAUAACAAGCGUAUAUUGAUAUAAUACAAACAUGUAGAAAAUAGGAUAAAAUACAGCAAGUACUAAAAAGGGCAGGACCAGAGACUGUUAACUUACUUGGUUAGAUAAUUUACACAAAUGAUUAAACCGUUAACUUUGUACUAUCAGCCUUUCCUCCCCUGGUAAACUUGUUAACUGACUAAUAGUCGCAGCAGCAGUCCUGGAUGUUAUCUGCAAGCAUGUCGCUGGACUGUCAGACAGCUGAUGUGUUGAUGAUGAUCUUGGCACCCUGUGGUUUUGCAAUAGAUCCACAGAGGGUUACACAGAGCUCCACGCUGUGCCCCAGGACAUGUAGAUUACAGCAUGUUAUAGACAGCUCCCACUGUCAAUUACGCCCUCAUAGCUUAAUGAGGCAGAGCUUCACGCUGUAAUGGCAUCUGUGCUUCGCCCGCAUGAAAAUGCCAAAACAGAGAUUGAAUUAACAAAAAGCAUCACACUCACACUUUGGAUUUCCCCUGUGUGACUCCACUCAUUAUUUAGUGUGCUGUGUAUUCUGAUUUAUUCUAUUUUUAGGGGGCACAGACUAGAGAUCUUUAAAUUUAAAAGUACUUGUACAAACAAAAAACAAUCAGAGUAGGGUUUACGUUAAAGCUAGCUGAUUUGGAGUAAAGUUAGCAUAGGUCCCCAAAAAAUUUUAGUAAAGUUUUUGUUAUGUCCUCAGAUGUAACCUAAGUAAGCGUGUGUGUGUGUGUGUGUGUGUGUGUGUGUGUGUGUGUGUGUGUGUGUGUGUGUGUGUGUGUGUGUGUGUGUGUGUGUGUGUGUGUGUGUGUGUGUGUGUGUGUGUGUGUGUCCAAGUCACUGUUUACAUUUGCGAGUAGCGUGUGGCGUCAUGACUGAUUCACAAGUAAAAAUAGACCUCCAUUACGCACAUCUUAACACAUGAAUGCACAGUGCCAAACACACUCAGUUUUAUUCUUUUGUCAGUGUCGUAUCAGCAAACAGCUACACAUAAAGGACAUAGACACUGACAGUUCCAGAUAUCCUCUCAGUCUUGUUAGUGUAUGUGCAUCUGGACCAGGAUUUAGAGCAAAUAUUUUGACUACUCUAACUGAAGGCAGGUGGAUAUUUGUGAAGCACAUUCACACAAGUAGUUCAGAGUAUCUGACCUGCCACAGGACAUAUUAACAUUUACUCUCAGGGCUAGCUGAAUGAACACACCGACAGCUUGCUCCUCUUGUUGCUGAUUCCCACUCUGGCAUCAGUGUUUCCUCCCAGUAUCCACUGUGUGCCACACUUGGCACAGCUAGAGCUUCCUGUCCUCUCACGGUUACACAUUAUUUUGGCAGGUGCAGAGUUAGCUUGGUAACAACACGAGCAGCCCACUGAACUGCUGCUUUUGCAUGAAGAGCCCUGUCUUGCUGGUAAUAAUUUAUGGGGUGAUUAGAGUAAUUUUACAUCCAAAAACAAAUUUAUUAAAUUUUCAUAUGUUAUUGGUGAGAUGUUAGGAGAUUUAAAGAUGGCUUUGGUGUAUAUUGUGCAGUUUGUUUUUAGCAGUUUACAUUACAAACUUCCUGUGAGAACUGGGCCAGUGUGAUAUCAGAAAAAAAAACAUGCAAUGUGCUAUUACACUCCUCAAUAAUGUGUUGAGAAAAUCAAAUGGGAUAAAUACAACAAAGGCUAUAUAUAUUAGCUCUGAUGUCCAGUUUUUAUGUCUGCUGUUUGCUUACUUUGCUAACUUACUGUUAUGUACUUUAUGGGUCCUGCAUUUGAAACCCGUCCUUCAUGAAUCUAAAAUUAAAAAUGUAGUUGUAAAGUUGUGAACAUUAUGCCCAGGCCUCCAUCCAGAAGGUAAAAUACACCAAAAUUGCUGGUUAAACAAAAUAUUAAUAUUUUAUCAUAUCAUGUCCAAAAUGACAGAUGUCAGUUGUGUCUUAGCUGUUGUGUGCUGCCAGGAUGGAGCACUAGCUAGUGGUUACUGCAAUAAUACUCUAAUGAUCUACUACCUGGAUGUAAAUAAACCCUGAUGGCAGAUGGUAUGUAGAGGCUGUGUGAUUAAAAAGGCUAAUGUUGCUAGCUCUGCUAAUGUUAGCCAUACUUAUCAAAACAAGAUCAUCGUCAUGUUCUGAGCAAUUUUUGAUCGUUUUAUCCUUUUGUUUAAUUGACUUGUUGAAGAUUUCCUUUUGACAGAGAUGUACUGAUUUGAGGGUUUUAAAUUUGUUUUUUCUAGGUCGAUUUUGGCACCCCUAGUAAACACAGUCUUUGCUCAUCUUGUCUGCUACAUGCUUGAGCAAUGAUUUAUGACAACAAAUCUCAUUCUGUUGGCUUUUGACAAUCACAUGUAUCAUUUAUUGUGAAAAUUUUAUUUUAUUGUGGAAAUUGUAAAAACAGGGCUUUUUCUUGAGCUGCAAGGCCUGGACCUACUACCUUGCAAUGGUUUUAGACAAAAACAAUAGGAUUUUUAAAACUUCAGUUUUGUCACUGCUGGUCUUGUUUGCUUUUUUUUUAUCAUUAAAAAAGCAUCAAUAUGAAUUUCAGUCUAUUUUGUAAUUGUAAAAAAAUCUCAUAGUAGCUUUAAAUAUUUUUCAGCUUUUUUUAAUACUUAAUAUACUAUAAUAAAAAGGAGAAAGACACUAAAAUUCAAAUGAUAAGUCUUGAUGUCAACAAUCAUUCCUACAGCACUCUUAAACCGCUCACAAAAGCUGAUUGCUCUCUGUGCUUCUUAUGGUAAAGAUAUCCAUCUAAGAGUUUAAAAAUAAAACUGUGACAUUUACCUCAUUAUCGAUUAUUCCUAUGCAUUUAUGUGUGACAGCAGUCAUUAUGAAGACAACACUAAGUAAAAGUAGCAGAGUUUCAAUCUGCUGCAGUGUUUCACAUCCUGCAGCUGUGUGAAAAGUCACACUCUGCCUCACAGACAGUUUUCCUCAGACUCCAUUAGCACGUUUUAAAAGAGAAAGAAGUCAAGCAAUAUGAGACACUACAGAACCUCUUCUACAUUGUGUGUCUCAGCCUGAAGCAUCAUCGAAAUACAGAUGAACUCAAAUUGGGUAUUUAUUGCUUUAACACUGUGUGUUGAGGGCUUUAAUAAUGUAGAGAAUUAUAAGCAGAUUUCUAAAUUUGGAUUAAUUUUUCUGAGCAUAUCUUGAUGACAGCAUGAUACCAGGAUCAAACAUGUUGAGUCUGUUUGAGGUGAGAUAAAAGGUGAUAACUGUUGUUUUCUUCUCUUUCUUUCAGCUUCAUUAUUAACAAGAGUCUGACUGCUGCUCAUCUCAAAACACAAGAAGAGACCAUAAAUCCCAGAGAAGUAAAAGACAGAGGAGUUUUGUCUCUGGGUCUGAUCCAUAUUGUUGUACUCUUCAGUCCCUGUGAAGUCCAUCCUCAGCCCCGACGUGAACCCACCAUGUCCGGGAAGGAGCGCAGCCCUCGCCAUCGGCCAUGGUCAGUCUACCGGGCCAACACCUUUGAUCUCUCGUCUGAGAUGAUGGGGCUGGCUCUCUCAGGUAACCAAGUAACUGUAGCCAUGGUAACCCUUGUGCUUCAUUGAUGAUGGAAUACCAGGAUAACACAACCCCUCCUCCUCCUUAUUCUCUUUAUCUUACAGGCAACAGUCAGGAUCCGGAUGAGCCGGUGCUUGAGUUUAGCGUGGGUAAGACUUAGAUACACGAUGACACACAGUUUCAGACUGCAUCGAUAACUUGUGAAAAAUAAACUACUCAGAAUAAAAUGGAAAUUACCCAGCACAAUAGGAGCUGAAUUUGGCAUAGGACGCAUGUUAGAGAAAAAUCCAAACGUUUGUCUUCCUUGUUGUGAAACUAUUAUAUCAUCCAUCUUUUUUCACUUUCUAUUGCUGUCUUUACAUCCUGGCUGAUGUGUCCAUCCACGCCAGACUAGGUUUUCCUCACACUCACAGAAAUUCCGAGGCAUCAAAUUUACCUAAAUGUAUUUUUAUUCAUUGACCUUUCAUUUUAACACAGUAGAUGACUUAAACUCUUACGAUCCUAGUAUCAGCCAACCAACAUUCAUACACUCUGCUGGAUGUUCAACUUGGUGCAUGGUGAUAUGAGGCUUGCAUAUGACUGUCCACUUUAUGAAGCUGUGGAUGCAAAAUAUGGGAAGUCAUUGUACAGCCAGAGACAGUUUGGGACUCCAGUGUGAGAUAGAAUAGAUGGUGUGCAGGUUUUAUGCCUUUGAGCACUGUUCGGUCCAGCAUUUGAGUUUUGUGACUGAGCCUCCGUAGUCGCCAGAUACUUUUAUUUCCCAGAACUAGCAGUCGUGGAUAAUCAGGAGGCAGCUGGCAGGAAGAAGUUUACCUCAAUAUAGAUAAUUUUUUGUUAUGGUUGCAUGAUAUGGCAGCACUGCUAUCAAAGUCAGUGAGAUUUUUACAACUCAUUAAAACUCAAAAUUCAUGCCUCUAUAGCUGCAAGCUUGAUUUUAUACUCCUGUUAGCAGGAAGUGCAGUUAGACUCAAUGAGAUGGGAUUUCUGUGGACUUUUGGGCAUAUAGUGUAUGUUAAUAUCAUUUUCACAGCCAUAUCAAUUGUAUCAAAAGUAACUCACCCUCUAAGAAUAAGAGAGAUUAUGAUUUUGAUGUUUACAAAAUAAUAACAUUGUUUGACUACUGUCUUGAAUCAUGACUGUCAUCGACUCACUACACAAAACUACUGUAUUACAUUCCCUCCAUGGUCAGGGAUUAGUGACCACCCACUAUUAAAUCCCACAGAUUGUAAUCUCUUGUGUUUUUAUGUCACCGCAGCCUGUAGUGAACUGGUUACUCCCUCUCUGGACCGUAAACCAACCAGCUUUGUCGCCGUCAGCUGCACCACUCCUCCUCAAGCCUUCUGGACCAAACACGCUCAAACGGAGAUCAUAGAGGUACAUGACAAUUCACUCUCCCCUGAGUGGUUUCUGUAGAGGGUUUGGCCUCACCCUUUGAUUCUGUCUCCAGGGCACCAGUAACCCCAUCUUCCUGAGCAGUGUGGCCUUCUUUCAGGACUCUAUGAUCACUCAGCAGACUCAGGUCAAGCUUUCCGUCUAUGAUGUUAAAGAUCGCUCACAAGGCACGGUAAGCCCAAACACAAGACCCACUGCUUGCAAAACUUUGAUGCUACUUGUCCUCAAAUGUCCCCUCAGGGAAGGAAUGAAGUCUUAUACACUAAAUCCAUUAUAGUCUACACUCAUCUGGGUGAAAUCCGUUAAAUCCCACGGCUGUGUGCUUUUAUGUGACAGAUGUACAUGCUCGGGUCGUCUAUGUUUACUGUGAAAGAGCUGCUGCAGGACCAACACCACAGACUGCAUCUGACUCUCAGGUAACAGGUGGACAAGACAAGCUGUUCUUUUGACCAAGUCUGCCAGUGAUAAAUGACAGACACCGCUCUCAGGACUUUGACUCAGAGAUGUUUAAUUUACUGGUUGUCACUUUGGAUCAGGUCGUCAGAGAGCGAGCGCGUGGGGAACAUCACUGUCAUCGCCUGGCAGAUAGAGGAGAAGCGAGAGCAGAGGGCUCCUGUGGCCAGAUUACAAAGAGGAGACACUGUUAACGGACGGGUGAGUGAUCUACAAAACCGAGAGGACAGAAAUGCUCAGAUUUGGACUAGUCUUUUCUUUAAACUCCAUAUACACGGGAAGGGAUUUUAGAAAGUGUCGUGUUCUGGCUUCCAGCUGCAAUCCAAGUACAAAAGUCUUCCACCAUCUAUAUUAACGUUGGAAAAACCUGAUUAAUUUUGAGGCUUCCACGUGAGCGUACCUUUUUCCUUACUAAGGAUUAAGAGUGGAAAUGAUCAGUGAUUUUUAGCUCAUCGGAUUGAGCGCAAGAAAGUGUAACUCUCCUAAAAAUGACACUCUGGUGCUUUUUUUUUCUUAUAAGAUAAAAAUAAAUAAAUGGUGGCUAUUGACUUGUUUUAACAACAGAAGCAUUUUUUUUAGUUUAUUUUUGGACUUCAGUACCUUCAUUGAAAGAUUUAGGAUAGUAGAUAAAGUAGAAAACUAUGAAGAAAGAGAAGAAAGGGUUAAGGUGUCAAAGAGCUGCAGGUCAGUAUUUAGCCUGAGCCAUCUGCUUGCAGAAGUAUAGCCCAGGAUUUACUCAAAAGUUACGCAUUAUUUGUUUUAUCUAGUGAGAAAUAUAACUAGUAAAUUAGUUUUAGGGCUGGGUAUGAUCAUGUAAACGUCAGGUAGAUUGAUACUCCAGCACUAGGGAUUUUUUGAGCAUCUUUUGUCUUUCCUAAAAGAAAGUCUUUUCCUUGAACCUGUAUUUUUAUUUUGUUUUAACAUGUCGUUUUUUUCUGUGUACAUUUGUGUCAGAUGGUUCUUCCUGUUGAUGCAAGCUUGACUGAGUCCAUGGGCAUCAAAUCCAAGUCUUCAUCUCUGUGUAAAGACCCUCUGCUGAAGGCUGGUGAGUUUUAUGACUGGAAAAAAACCUCCUGUUUGAUUUGCUAAAGAGUUUAAUCAACUGUGUAACUGUGACUCUGUAUUUUGGUUGGUUUUUAGUGUUCGGGGGCGUCAUGUCAAGAACAUACCGCUUCCCUACCACGGACGGAAACCACCUCCGGAUCCUGGAGCAGAUGGCAGAGAGCACGCUCUCCCUACAUAUCCCACGACAGUUUGUCAAACUGCUGCUGGAGGAGGACGCCGUCAGGUAAUGUCUUGAGAUUAUCAAUCAGGGGUCUUGUUAGAAGUAGGGGGCUCAGACCUUCUAGGUUAGACCCCUUUCAAAUGAACAAUUUCCCCCCCUACUCUUUGUCACAGCUUCACUGUAGAUCUUGAGUUUGGUCUCAUCCCCCUCUGACUGUUUGGACUCCUUGCUGUCUUUUCAUUCUUUAAUAUCUCUUAAGUGCAAAAAAUUCCCAUUAACUCACUUUAAAAAAUCCCUCAUCUGAAUUUUUUGGGUGUAUUGUGUAGUUACAUUUCUGGAGAGGUGACACUCUCACAUUUUCAGAAUAUUCACUUUGUUACACAACUAUGUUUUUUGGACUUGUCUCAACUCUCCACUGGGAUUUUAUCUCUUAGUUUUAAAGCGCCUGACUUGAAACUGUGUCAGAGUUAAUAAGUGUGAAGUUGGCUACCGCUCAGUAUUUCUUCACAGAUUGGAAAUGAGUGUUUGUCCAAAGAAAGACAUUCGGUUUUCAAAUAUUUUCUUGUUUUUUGGCAGCUUAGGGAGACAAAACCAUCCCGUGUUUCACAAUGAAAGGAGAAAGUGAAAGAAUAAAUUUGCACAUAUUUUAAGUUGUUUUAUUUCUUGUUAAUCUCACCACCCAUCAGAGCUUUAUUUACAAUCAUUCGGUGCCAGUGUGUGUGUGGUUUGUGUGGGUUUUUUGUCAGAUAUCGUGCACUUUAAAUGCUUUGUGUAUUCUUUUAUUUAUCGUGAACACUGGGUCAGAGAAACAUAAUGAUUCAGAUUCCCACUGUUGCAACUCUUCUUACUUGUUGCUUGAACUGUGGGCGUUUCAGAGGACAGUGUAUGUAUUGCAUUGACUGUGAUUGAAAAGCUGGACUUACUGGAAGCUAUGAGGUCAGAAUUGCAUUAGCUGCUUGUCUUUACUGUAAAUGCAUAUGUGUAUAUAUGUGUGUGUGUGUGUGUGUGUGUGUGUGUGUUAUGUGUAGGGUGUGUGAGCUGGAAGAGCUGGGCGAGCUGUCUGCGUGUUGGGAGAACCUCAGGAGGCAGAUCAUCACCCACUAUCAGACCAUCAUCCUCACCUACCAGGAGACCAUAAGUGACCUGCAUGAAUACAAAGGUUAGAGCCACAAAGUAUUUCGUUAUAACAACAUCACCCACAAAUUAUUCACGACAUAUGACUGUAAAGCUGCACAACAACAGUUUUAUAUGUCAAAGUCAGUUAAUCACAGGAGGCACCAAACUGCGCCAACUAUGGAUGGAAAACUAACUGAUCUUAUUUAGUUUAUUUAGCCAUCAACCAAAGGUCCAUUUAUAUCUUUUAGUGUCUUCUCUGUCAGCCAGUUCGUGUUAAAUCCAUGAGGGAUGAUCACAACAUAAAAUUAUAUGACUCACAAAGUGUAACUCAAUAGUGUGACAUUAGCCGCGGUAUCAAACGGCAUUCAAGCUCCCAAUUCUGAGCAGGAUGUCAGGAGAAAAUGGACAUCAUAUAAACAUGGUCAUUAAAGACUCUGGCUUUUGUUAUUUAUUAUGGGAAACUACAUUUUUCUCAUUUCUAUAAAAAAAGAGAUACUCUGAACUGUUGAGUGACACUGAAAGUUAAACAAAUGUAGUGGAUUGACAGGGUAACAAACCUGCAUCAGCAACACCAUGCACUCAUGCCCAGGAGCUGUUUUCUACUCUGCAUUUAUAUCCAUGCAGUAGUAUAAAUAUUGGCUGUCCAUACUUGUCUUUCUUACUACAAUUGUUAACUAUUUAGAUUUCUGCACAAAAUUCAACAUUUGCACAUUGAAUGUGUAUACUUUCAAUUCACAGUUAUAUUAUUUAUUCAGGAUUAGUAAAAAAAAAAAUUCUUUAAGUAAAUUUAUAGUUCUUGUUUUUUUAUACCUCUGAAUGCUUAAAUGUCUAUGAUAUUUAUUAUUUAAUGGUUUUUGUAUGACUGACUGUAACUGAAGCUACCAUACUAAUGCAGUGCAAUAGAUUAAUUAAAAUGUAAAUCCUAUUUUUAUCAAAAAUAUUACAAUUAAUUUCUGGUGUCCUGUUGUAUUUAGGUUCAGAAAACCUCUCUCCUUUUUCCUUCAGGUCCAUCUUUUAAGUCUAGUACUUUAAAAGCUGAGAGGAAGUUGGAGUUUAUUCCCACAAACCUGCACAUCCAAAGGAUGAGAGUACAGGGGGAGACGGGCUACGGUAAGUAAUCGUACAUAAUCACAGUCUUUCUGCCCUACAUGAAAUAAUCACGCAGUGUCUUCAUCUCCUUUUGUUCACUCUCCUCUGUUUAGACCGGACAUAUGAUGUUGUGACUAUUGGAGCUCCUGCGGCUCAUCACCAAGGCUUUAAAGGCUGCGGCCUCCGAAAAAUGCUGCACAAACUGGAAGAAGCUCGAAAACAGUGAGUAGAGAUUACACAUGACCCUUUUCCAUUUGAUAAUAGUUGCUUUCUAAUUUGUAUUUAUGUGAUUUUUUUACAUUUUGCAUAACUUAAGCAGCUCUUAUGGGGAGGAGAGGUGAGAUUAUAUGUGGUGUGUUUAAAGUUUCUUGUGUUUUUGUCAUCUGCGUUCCUCAAUUUAUCUUGUCUGUCAUUUGUCUUUUCUUUCUCUGGCAUGCAGCUCCCAAAGCUCUGGCAGCCCUGGCCCUAAAGGAAUGGCUUACCAGCCCCAGGAUGUUGUGAAAGCAAAGGAGCUGAUUGGUCAGAUAAACACUCUGAAGACACAAGUGUGUUACUACACUGAGCGUCUGUCUCGAGCUGCGAAGGAGCGCUCAGCCAACGCUCUGGAGAGGACGCUGGCCAUCCUGACAGAAAAGGUAAGAAGAAAGGGCGUGUGCUGUUACAGCUCGUCUCUCUUUACUCUCUUAUUCACAACCUCUCUCCCUCAGGCUUUCACUGAUUCUUUGACAAUCUCAGUUUUUUUUUAAUCUCAGCUCUUAUUGCUCAGAUAAAAAAAAAAACUGUCCUUGUGAGCUAAAAAUGUCUUCAAAGUCAUUAUUGGCUGUCGAGUGUAGUCAAAUUAAGGACAAAUGUAAUACAGUACGGCAGAUAAAAGACUAGAUUCUCAGUCCUGCAGAGGAAAUGAGACAAAGAGAGAGUGCAUUAUCAGCGAACCUGUGAGUCACAGAAACUAUGAGGCACCAAGAGCAAAAAAAGGUUAUUUUUUAACGCUUUACUUUUGCACAAUUGUCACCUAGUAUGUCACUCGCUGCAAAGAUUCAAUUUAAAACAUAACAGGGACAUCAAAGAAACAAGUUGAAACCCCUUUUUUCCUGCUCUUGUCUCCUCUCACAGACUCGUCAGCUGGUGACCGUCUGUGAUUCAAAGCUGCUCUCCACGGCCAUUCUCGCCCUUGCAGCUGCCCGCCCAGAAACCACCCAGCAAGGCACUCCGUCUCCCUCCUCCUCCUCCCUCUCCCCCUCCUCGCGUUCCCCAUCACGCUCCCCCUCCCGCAACCCCACCUCCCCGUCUCGCUCUGCCACCUCGCCUUCCCGUCGUAUUUCUCCCACAGACAUCAGUGAUGGGAGUAGAAACAAGCGCGCCUCCAUGCAGGCAGAUCUUCACGAGGAGGAGUGGGUAAGAGAAGAGUUAGAGAGCUCUCCUCACAUCUAUGUUAGUGUUUUCCUUUUCUAGCUGAUAUUGUGAUGUGUGUUUGUUUGCAGGAGAAAGUUUGGCUGAAUGUGGACAAGAGUCUGGAGUGUGUGAUUCAGAGGGUGGACAGUCUGCUGCAGAGAGACAAACUGCAGAGCGACAGCAGCUCAGAGGACGUCUUUGAGCUCGCCACAGAGGAGCCGAGUAGCAUCAAGAAAGGUGCACACAAGGGCAGUCAUGAUAUCAUGUUUUCACCUCACAAUUAGCAUAACCAAAAAAGUCACAGUAUCAAUAUCAACCCAUUAAGACCUGAACCCUGUCUGAGACACACUUCUGAAAUCCUGAGGGCUAUUUCACAAGGGCCCCCAGAUCCUGAGGUUCUCUGAAGCGUUGAGGUUUAUAAAAAAAGCUGAUAUCUCGGCCUCUGUAGCAGAUAGAAACAAAAUUCUAAAAGUCUUUUAGAGCUUACGCAAGUGGCUUUCAAGAUAACUUUCUUUUAUUCGUCUGAGCCUUCAUCACAUUAUUGAAAACCUUGAACAAACAAACUUAAAUGAAAUAAAGCGGUUGUAUAAAUAAAAGUAAAGGCUCUGCGCUGAAGAAUAACAAACAAUUUGCUUUCUGUAAAACAAGUGUCAGUCGUGAUAAAGUGUCCUUUCAAUACAAAUGUAAAUAUAAAAAAUAAAGUGUUGAAAGGGUAUGCAGCUGCCCUAAUAUAGUGCCAGUACAAAAGCAGCACUAAAAACUAAUAAAUAAAUAUGUGGCUUACAGUGUGUUCAUGUCUGCGCUCACCUAAAGUCAUGCAACACUCACAGAUAUCGCCAAUAGUGUGAUGAAGAGGUUGUUCACACUGCUUACAGCCAUAGGCUGGAGGUCCACCAGCUCUUUCUGCCUCUGUCAUUGUUUACUUUACUCAUGAAGCACGUAGCAAGAUCCAAGCAUGAAUGCAAUCACUUUAUUAAGCUUUAUCAGCCUAUCAGAGGCAGACAGGCACAAUGAUUUGAUUCGCCACGACUCCAGAAAUGACUGAAAAACCACAGAAUGUUACAAAAUGCACAGCUGAACUCCUGGCUUGGAAGGUUGAAAUGUGUCCCAUCCCAAUACAUUAUAUAUAUACAAUACAUAUAGAGUAUGUCACUCUCAUGAAGUAGCCAUAGUAACAAGAGUCUUUCUAGACAAACGUUGAGCAUGACAUCCAUCACUUCAUCCUCUAUUAGCCUCUCCGUCCAUCAUCACCAUCGUCUCUGUGCCAGAACUCUGCACGCCUUUCACAUCCUGUUUGUCAUCUGUGGGUUCAGCCCUGUCAUCAUCUAAACUACUUUAAUGUGUGUCUGGACAUUAAGAUCCCAAACAUAGCAGAAAGUUACAACUUUUUUUGCUCUAAAUAUCUUUAAUCUCCUCUCAUUUAUAGAGAGCAGCCCGGAUGUAGAAAAGAAAUCCCCAGGUGAGCAAUAAUGGCUCUACGAACAAACCAUCCUCAAUGACUAGAGGGAUUAAACAUCAUAAAAUAACCCACUACAGUUUGAGAAAAUACAUGUACUCUGCAAGUUGAUUAAUAGGAAAAUACCAUAGACUGUAUAAAGAAUGGACAGAGUCUGCCUCCUCACUGGGUGAAGCCACUCCGAGAACAGCACCCUCUGAUGGUGGGCUGCAGUACAGGUCAUAAAUCCCGCCUCCGCCAGCAAAGCUUAUGGGACUGUGGACAAACUUUAGAAAUUUAUUACACAGAACAUACAUUUUUCUCCCCCCUGCUUGUGAUGUUGACAUGUAGUUAUUGUAAGACUGGUUUGUGCCCAAGUCCUUUUUUUUCAGUACAGCUCCGUUUUUAAAAGUUAUUAGGGGGUUCAUGUUUUCUAUGAUUGACACCUGGUACAGCCUAUGGGCGUUCAGGGAAUGCGCGGCCGAAUGCGCACAUCGCUACUGCGCAGCUCUGGUUUCGAGGAAGUGGAGAAAAACCCGGAAUUACCGAGAGCUUUUUGGCUUCAAAUCCGUAUACAGGCGGAAGGCGGAACCAAGUUGUCCAUAGUAUAUACAGUCUAUGGAAAAUACUCAGAAAUAAAAUUCUUACUCUGUCAGUCAAUAAAUAAGGUUAUUAUGACAUUUCUGUAAAGCUGUCAAACACUGCUGCUGGCAGACUUCUUCCAUGCACUAACUGUAUGCGCCCCUGUGUGUUUCACUCAUCUGUGUGUGUACAGUCGAGUGGAGUGAAGCCCUGUACCCCCUCCUCACCACGCUGACAGACUGUGUUUCUCUGAUGAGCGACAAAGCGAAGAAGUCCAUGGUGUUUCUGCUGAUGCAGGACAGCGCUCCCACCAUCGCCAUGAGCCUCACCCUGCAGUACCGCCGUGACGUUGUCUUCUGCCAGACAGUCAGUCAAUUCCUCUCUCUUUCUCUCUCCUGCAAGCACAAGCAUCCUGUCGUUAAUAGAGAUGAGCGUUAUACAAUAAGCAAAGUUUGCGUUAACAUCAUGACUGUUCAAUGUGCUGCUUUUCAGCUGACGGCACUGAUCUGUGGCUUCGUCAUCAAGCUGAGGAACUGUCUGUGUGACUCAGGCUUCCUCAGGCAGCUCCACACCAUCGGCCUGCUGGUGCAGUAUGAGAGCCUGCUCAGCACCUAUGGUAACCUGCGUUUGACAGCGUGUGUGUGGACUGUGUCAGGACAUUUUUAGGUUUUAAAAAUACUGACUUGUUUUCAUAAAUCUAUUUGCCUCCUUGUCUCUCAAAGGUGAGGAGCUGGCCAUGUUGGAGGACAUGAGUGUUGGAGUGAUGGACCUGAGAAACGUCACCUUUAAAGUCACCCAGGCGACCUCUGGUUUCGCCCCAGACAUGCUGCCGGUGAUAACGGGGAACAGGAGCGGCUUUAACGUCAGGGUCCCGAUGCCCGGGGUGAUGUUUGACACGCUGCCUCGAGAGAUCCAGAACGGGAUGCUGCUGCGUGUGCAGCCCGUUCUCUUCAACGUGGGGAUCAACGAGCAGCAGACGUUAGCUGAGAAGUGAGUCACUGAGAUAAGAGAGAUUCUUCUCAGCAGUGGAAAAAAGAGUAGAAGUCAAGAGGGAAAAAUCUGACUUGCAGAGAAUGUAGCCCAUGAAAAACCGGUUAAAAAAGUGAUUUGGUUGGUGUUUUAAGGUCCAGAAAUACAGAUUUGUGUGUUCUGUUAUAAUUAUACACAUUUUUUUACUCAUUUUAUCUUUAAAAUCAAAUGAAGAAAGAAGUAUAAAUGACAAACUAUUUACCCAACAUUAAGGCCAUACAAUUUUAUAAAUGCUAAACAGUGACUUUUGGUCUCCUUUUCUCACUUUAUUGAUUGUAUUGGAAGAAUAAAAACUUAGAAAACAGCAGCAAUGGCAAAAGAUUAGGAGAAAGACCAUGGGGGAAGGCAUUAUUUUUCUAUGCAAUCUUGUGUUAAAUUAUGAGAGGAGACUUGAUGUUCUUAUUACCAAGUAAAGGUUGGUCACCGUGAUCCGGCCAGUUAUCUGAAAGUUAAAGGCAAACAUCUGAAAAGUCUGUCUCAGUGUGUUAGUAUAGAAACUGUGGUUCAGGUCGUAUUUUUGUGUAAUAGAUACAGAAAUGUAUGAUCACAGUUAUUCAGACACUUAGCAGGUCUAGGUAGAUCUUUUCCUCAAAAGUAUAAUCAUAAAAUUCCCUCAGUCGAGCCUGUACUGAAAAUAUGAGCGAGAAAAUAAAAACCAACCUGUGGAGGGCAGCAUUACACUACUGAGCAUACAGCCUGUCAGAAUGUAUUUGAAAAGGAGGAAAAAAAAGACAAAAAGACAUUUGAAUUAGGAUUAGUUAAAUACAUUGUUGAGUGGAUAGUUUGUGGUUUGAAUACCCUAAACGCCAGUGGAGUUACCUCUGAGAGAGGCACUAAUGUUUUAGUUUGAAGUUUGGCUCCUCAUAUGGUUUCGAAAAGCAUGCAGCCUUUUGUCACAAAAUAACGUAUAAGGUUGCAGAGACAAUAAAUAUAUUGAAUUGACUCUCCCACUUGUGUCCAGGUUUGGAGACACAUCCUUACAAGACGUGAUCAACAUGGAGAAUAUGGCUCGCCUCAGCUCUUACUAUGAUCAGUUCAAAGAAGUCCUGCCAGAAGACUGUGAGUUAAAACACGUUUCUGUCAGAAAGCAGUGUUUGUUUUCUUACUCUCAUUUUUAACUCUGCCCAUCUCUCCUUUCUCCUCAGGCCUGCCUCGCUCUCGCAGCACCACCAGUCUGCCUGAUCUGUUAAAACUGCUGAGCCAGAAUGUUAACGCCAAGAAGAACAAGAAUGUAGAGAUUCUUUGGCAGGCGGCCGAGGUAGACAAGCUCCUCAUUUCUUAUCCCUCCUCUCAAAUUCAAGCUCUCCAUCUCUCUCUCCACUAAUUUAUCUCUUUGUACAAACCCUGAAGGCAUGUCGCCGCCUGAACGGAGUGCGUUUCACCAGUUGUAAGAGCGCCAAAGACCGCACAGCCAUGUCUCUGACUUUGGAGCAGUGUCAGAUCCUGCAGCAGGAGCACGCCCUCGCCCCACAGGUCUUCUACCAGGCCUUGGACUGUAUGCGCAGGUCAGCAGAGGAUAACACAAGUCUAGCAGAUGUUGUUACUGAAAAAGGGCAGAUGUGAUGCAUUAGCAAAUAUUUCUAUAAACAGAAACAGGUUACAAAUGCUUUUACUUUGCAACUUCACUGAAAUGCAGAUGUAAUGAUUAACAUAUCCUGAAAAAAAAACAUGCUGUUGAAGGUCAAAACAAAUGCAAAAACCCACAGACACAGAAAAAUACUGCAAGAGAAAAUUGCUGUGAAUUCAUCACAAUAAGCAGUGCUCUGAGUCAGUAGGAGGCGCUUGAUAGACUCGAGUUUGGUCAAGUGUUAUUAAGGCAAGUGUGCAUCUGUAGGAUCGAGGUUUAUGCAGCAUGUUUUUUAUAUGCAGCAUGUUGAGGUGGCUGUCUAAGCAUUUAAAUAUUUUUGAAUUUGCAUGUCAGUUUUCGUAGCUCAUCCUUCCAUAUGAAAAUGUUUGGGGUUGUUGAAGCACACUUGCACUUAUUUACAGCUGCAAUGGUCCCUUGCAGCAAAAGUUUGUUGAAGUUUUACGAGCAGAAAUAAUAAAUGGAUAUGUGAGCGCAGCUCCGUCUAAUGAUUGAAGACCCUCUGAGGUUGAAAAACCAGAGCAUGUAGUUGAUGCGUAUUUCCAUGAUAAAACAGAUAGUCGUCAAUCUUUCCUUUCUUGAAUUUACUUGGAGGUUUACUUACAUAACUGAACGAUACUUUCUCUACACAGUCCAGUUGCCUGUUUUUAAGUCUUCAAGAUAACCAUGACCUGGAUGAAUGAGAAUCUACAUGGACACGAACGAUACUUUUUACAAAUCAUAAUGACAAAAUUGAGACUCGAUGUAAACACAGUCAAAAACUAUUGUGCUCUCAAAAAGACCCACAGCUGCAUUAAUUACCCAAGAAAAACCCGCAGGUCUAGUAGUAGUAGUAGUAGUAGUCGUUUAUUUAGUCGUGACAACACCAAAUAUUGUACACAAUAUUGACAUUUCACACUAAAUCACUAAAUCACUAAAUCAAGAAUCAUGUGUUGAAUAUUGACUGAAAAGGCAGAAGCAGACUGCUUAUAAAAGCCUAUCCUAUAUUGUCAACUUUUUAGGCUACCGACCUCCAGAAAAGCAAAGAAACCACAACAACAGAUAAUUAAUCGCACUUAUAAGCUUCAAAAAUAGCUUUACUCCACUAUUUUCUUAAAAAACAAAAAAAGAAUGACAUGUUUUUAGAUUUAUGUUGGCAUCAUUGCAGAAUUUAACUGCAGUAAUGGAGACACAUCUCCUUUUCAUACCUUUUUUAGCUUUUUGUUCAGUAAAUUUGCAAGCAACUCUGAGAUUAUACGGACUGUCCUGAAUUGAAAAGAACCUCUGUAUUGGGUCAGGGAGCAGGGUCAGGUCUCACAUUGCAUGUCUCCUCCAAUAGGAACUGCAGUAGUUAUCGGCUUCAAUAUAACUGUUCAGUCUCUCAGAAUUCUAAUCAGGAUAAAUAACAAAAAUUAUUAAUUAUCUAUCAAAUUAACAGUAGUGCACAAAUGGCUCUAACAUGAUACAAAAUGUGUGUGUUUCUUCACAGCGAGGGCUGCAGGAGAGAGAACACCAUGAAGAAUGUGGGAUGUCGUAAAUACGCCUUUAAUGCUCUCCAGCUCAAAGCCUUCCCCAAACAGUACCGGCCUCCAGAAGGGACGUACGGGAAGGUUGAGACCUAAGUGGACUGCUCUUACCAAAAAGACUGAAGGGGAUAAUAAUGACAGCGCCACACAAACAAAUAUACCAACACAAACUGGAAAAAAACAACCCUAUGUUUUGUGCUUAGUCACUGUUAAGAUGUCCAAGUGCCAGUGCAACUGUAGGUUGUUUUAUAGCAGUUUCCCCCCUCCUCAUGUAACACUCAAAUCACACAACUUUCACAGCCCUGAGGGCCAAAAACUGUAACAACAUGGCUUUCUGUGUUGGAUUGUAGCCACUGUGCAGACCACACUGUUGGCUGUGCCAGCUGUAGCACCAGGAAGCAAAUCAAGUCAAUUCAACACGUGUCCCUUGAUAUCAGAUGUGUAAUCUUAGCCUUUAUGGACAAUGCAGAUGGAUGACAACACACCUGUACUUGUUUUCACCACUUUUAUUUGAUUUGAUCAGUUCGUCUAUGAAAGGAUAAGGCUAUGCAGAUUCUUUCUUUUUCUUACCAUUAUCAAGAAAUCACAAAUAGAUCAAACUAUGCAGUGGAGUAAUCCUGCUGAAGAGUUCAGCUCAUAUCUCGUUUAGAAAAGCUGUAAUACUGUCCAAAACUCAAAGCACAUCAAUGAGAUGCACCUUUGGAGCAGCUAACAUGACAGUCAGCAUAGGCCGUUUACAAAUGUGAAGUCAAGGCCACAAGCAAACAAUUCUCAUUGAUUAAAAUGUCAAUAAUGAUUAUCAUCAUUUUGGAUUUCUUGACAUUAAGAAAAAACUGAAUACUGCUCAUCUUUUAGUGUAAGGCUGCACCAGAGAAGUGUUUUAUCAAGUACUCACGUCACUGGUCCAGCUUUAAUAAAAGGAUCCUGCUCUUUGCCUGUGAGAUAUUUUUCUGGACCUAAACGACAGCUGUCAAACUCAAAGCACUUAUUUUGUUCAAUUUUUGUGCUUUUAGUCUGUUGUUUGUUUCUCUUCCACUGUCUCUCUUAUUUUCAGUCAUAUUUAUGGUAUCACUCUCAACAACAAGCACAGAUAUCUAAGACGAACAUAUCUGACACUGCUCUCUGUCACUUGUAUUAAUAUGAUGUCUCAUACAAAGUGAUUUCUGAGGUUCUCCUGAUGCUCAACUGGAAGUAUUGAUGAGGAGCUGGAUCACUAAUCUUGGACUGCAGAGGUGGUGCUUCAUAUUAUGCUAUAACUUUGACAUAUUGAUAGUUAUUUAACACUUUUCUCCAAGUUAUAUGCAACACUGUAACAGUUUUAUAGCCCUUAAAAGUUGAGUUUUAUUUACUGAAAGUGUUUGUUUCUAUUGUCACGGCACUCAGUUGUAUGAAGAACUUGGAAAUCCAACUAGAUAAAAAGCUUCAUUAAUUUAAUCUGCAUGAUGUUGAGAAAAACACAACUGCUUUAUACUGUUACAAUUGUAUACUGCUGAGGAAACCUACGAGAAGUGAAGUAAUGCAUAUUGCAUUAUUCUACUGAGCAUCAACAACACCUCUUCUGUUUUCAGUUUACCAGCACUGAGCUCCAAUGUACCUUACUGUACAGAACUUUCAGAGACAGUGGAUUUUAUUUUGAAAAUGUUAUUUUGCUUACAGGUAUUUAUGUUGAGAUGGCUGCUGCUGCCAAAUGCUGUUAGAGUUUUAUUGUUCAUUGUUAUCGAGUAAGUUAUGAGGUAGUUAUGAUCUAUUGUACAUGCACAAAUGUUAGGAAAGUGUAGGAGAGCCCUGCACUCUGACGGAGGUAUGGAGUGAGACCAGGUUAAUAAAGGUUUGUCAAUUCAAAA